AUGAGCUUCUCACCGAAGGCAUUCCAUGCCAAAACCCGAGGCGGUUGUGUCCGAUGUAAAACAAGAAAGAUAAAAUGCGAUGAGAGGAAACCAGCCUGUGGCCGCUGCGAGACCCGUGGUGUUCAAUGUCCUGGGUACGCGCUGAACGUGCGGUGGUCUAAGAAGCAUGAGAUGCGUGCCAACAGAUCAACGACUGGAUCAAUUCAAGACGCGUCGCAACAGCAACCUUUUGUUGAGUCAACAACAUGCAGCCAGCUUGAUCAAACAUCAACUCAACAAGAUCAGGCUUCGCUCUGGUUGGUCUCGUCGGAACAAUGGGGAUCUGUCACAUCCUCAAAUGCACUUCAAGAAAACGUUCAUGACGCUGUCCUACUGUUAGGCGGUGAGUCCACAGUAUCCCCAGUCCCUAGUUGGGACUGUCCUGACUUGAAUGGCAUGUCUUGGUCGGAUGCUGGAGGAAAUCUACCAUCGCCAUUCAGCGUCGUGGAACAAUCGGACGUUCCACAUAAUCUACAGGCUGAAGUGGUACUGGCCCAAGUGCAAGAUCAUUCGGAAACCCCAUGUCAGACGGUUGACGCAGUCCAACUACGACAAGGGGAUGAAGUCGAAGAGAUACCACGUCAAAUACUUCAUAUCCCGACCGCUCUGUCUGAGUACUUCUUUACAGAAGUCAUUCCUCUCUAUUGUGUCUGGGACAGCAAGUUGAACACCAUGCGGAGCAUAGUCGAAAACUCAUGGCAGUCAUCCGGUGCCCUUCACCACACCAUCCAAAGUAUGGCAGCCGCAUGCCUAUCGGAGACCUUCCCUUACUUGCAAACGGUAGCUCAACAAGAGCAUAGUCUUGCCUUGGAGUUUGUGAGGAAUAAGGGAGUGACGCUUGGCCAAAAACAAGCUAUGACCUUGGCCAUGACCUUCUUGGGACACACAUCAAGCUGGAUCAGUCCAAACAAUCUUGCGCCGGACAUGUACAAGUCAAGCUGCAAUAUGCUUGAAGAGAUGGCUGCAGAUGGUGAGAACCCGACGUCCUCCUUCUUCUCUGGAACUAUGGACUAUUGGGGUAUGCUGCUCGCAUAUCUGACAGAUAGCGAAAGGUCGGAGGUUUUUGACACAACUUGCGCGGAUCAAACGAACUCGAUAGAACCUCAUCCAUAUUGUGGCAUUUCCCGCCGGAUCAUCAAAGUUCUCAGAAGCGUUGGGGCUCUCAUAUUCAGUUAUAGGAAGAACAUGUCGAAUAUUGGUUUCAUGACAGAGCAGCAUAUGGACGCUUUUAGAGACGCUUUGCGCCAAGCAAGGCGUCUAGAGCGAAUCCUUCUCGCACACAAGCUCCCCAGUUUGUCUCAUAUCAAAGACCCUGGUGACCCUCAAACAUCCUUAAUUCACCUAAAGCUUAUGGACGACGCCUAUCGCUACACUGGACUAUUGCAACUGUAUCGUGUCUUUCCAGACUUACUUAUCGAUCGUUACUCAGCCUGGGACAAAGCCAACAUACUUCAUCCUGUGCCAGAGACUAAGAUCCCUAGUGCUGAGGAAAGACAGGUUUGGCUCACAGAAUUGGCCUUGCAUGUGGUUAAAAUAUUGGAGGAUAUCCCGUUUGAGUCUCGUACCCGCAGCGCUCAACCCUUCAUUAUGGUCGCAGUAUCUAGUGAGCUGGUGAUCAAUUCUGAGCAAACAUUCGAAAACGGUGGUUUCGCCAGUCUUGACCAACUCCCGUUCCGAGUCAGCAAAGCUCGCAAAUUUCUAGCGUCACGACUUGCAGCUUAUACACACAUACUACCACUACAAAAGACGCGGGCCAUCUCUCAGCUGAUCAAUCACAUUUGGUCGGCGCUUGAUGCUGGGGAACAGCAUGUUUACUGGUUGGACGUGGCAUAUCAGAAGAAGUUAGGCACUAUGUUCGGUUAG